AUGGCGACGUCGGCCUCCUCCUCGUCAUCUCGGUCAUCGAACAGCGAGAAUGAACACGCCGCUUCUCAAGAUCAAGACCCAACAGCGGCUGCCCAACGACUGAAGCUGCUCAACGCAUACCUGCUCAACUCGUCCCUCUUUGAGGUUGAACCCGUCGUCGUCGAGCCCACGAAAGCGCUCGAACCGGUCAAGGCCAAACACGAGCAAAAGGAUGAGCUUCAGCCUGAAUGCUCAGUCGGCAAGUCUGAGGUGCCCACCCGGAGAGGACGGCCUCUCGCUUCGCAGACGAACUCACCCCCGUCCUCAUUCGCUUUGACACGUCCUGCAGUAUUCCGACUCUUCAGCUCAGCCGCACCGACCAAGAUCGUUCUUCAAGAAGCCGAAGAGCGUUGGCCGACCGUAGCCGAUCCGAGGAUCAGGUGCGUUUAUUCCACAGCCCCUAUCAAACCCAACCGUCUCCGUCAGGAUCCGAGCUGAUUCCCACAAUCACGAUGCGAAACAGAACCGUCGAAGAUGAACCCAAGUCCGUAUACAAAGCUCGAGAAAAGGCGAUUAAAUCCGUUUGUAUCCCCGGAUCGACGAUUUUGGAAGCAAAGACGAUUUGGGUCAGUCCUCGCCGGACGAAUUACUCGCCGCCCCCACUGCGCUUUCUCUCCUCUUUCUGACACCCUCAACCUUCCCCUUUUCGAUCACUAUCAAGGGUCCUCUCCACCCCGAACGAGUGACCCAUCGUCGACUCGUUCGAGCACCCAACUCAACCUCCGACGGAUUGCCCCGCGUAGCUUACUUCGACUACCGCCUCGAUACCACCCUUCCCGCACCUACUUCCGAACCACCUAAAGAUCCGAGCAAACUGGCCAAAUCGACUAAACCGAUCAAUCAUCGUGGCUUGAAGAGAAGGGGUUUGAGAUGUGAUGUUAAGAUGAGGUUGUUGGUCAAGCCGAUUUUGAAGGAGGAUAAAGGGGUUCGCAAGUUACCGAAACGAAAGGCGGUCAAGGUGGGCGAGGCGAAGGAGGAACUGGGUACGAAAGAGGCUGCUCCUUCGGGUUGGACAUCGCUGGGUCGGAAAAGACUGUCCAAGAAGAGGAGGGCGAAGAAGGCCAAAGCUGGCUAG